ACACAAUAUAUGAGGGGUUGUGUGAAAAUUAUUUUUCUCUUGCUGAACCACAAAGGCAUAUAGAAUCAAAGUGCUUCUUUUGGACAUACUGGCUUUUCUUUCUUUCUUUUUUUCUUCUGUUUCUUCUAUUUCUUGUGGAUAUUAUGGCUAAUAACACAACAAGUUUAGGGAGUCCAUGGCCAGAAAACUUUUGGGAGGAUGUCAUAACAUCCUUCACAGUGUCCAUUGCAAUUGUGCUCAUAAUUGCAGGAUUUAUUUGGGCUCUGUUUGUUUGUUUGUCUCGAAGAAGAGCCAGCGCCCCCAUCUCACAAUGGAGUUCGAACCGGCGAUCAAGGUCUUCUUACAACCAUGGCCUCAACAGAACUGGAUUUUACCGCCACAGUGGCUGUGAACGGCGAAGCAACCUCAGCCUGGCCAGUCUCACCUUCCAGCGACAAGCUUCCCUGGAACAAGCAAAUUCCUUUCCAAGAAAAUCAAGCUUCAGAGCUUCCACUUUCCAUCCCUUUCUGCAAAGUCCCCCACUUCCGGUGGAAACUGACAGUCAGCUGGUGACUCUGCCCACUCCCAGUACGGUUCCCGCCAUCAGCACUUCGCACAGUCUGGGCCGUCCUGAUUUCCACUGGUCCAGUCACAGCCUUCGAGUGGGCUUUUCCACACCACCUCCACCUGCCUAUGAGUCCAUUAUAAAGGCAUUCCCAGAUUCCUGAGGAGGGUGCUUUGGUUUUUAAUUUGUUUCUUCCUUUACUUGUCUUUUACUGACACAAAAUUACAAAUAGGCUAAACAGAAUUUUGAGGUCAUGGGCCAAACAGCUAAUGAGUUUCCAAGCUGAGUUACGCUCAGUCAGUUGGACAUUACAAUGUAAAACAUAUUUUCUUUGAAUACAUGCUUUCCUUCCUUGUGACUCACAAAAUAGUAAUAUUUCCCAAAUAGUUAUCUAUUUAUGUAUUUUGUACUCAACGUGAAGGUUGUUAAAGACGGUGAUUCUUAUCUAAGACUCAGCUGUGAUACAGCACAUAUAUAUAUUUUAGACUAAAAUUAAAACUUCAGAUACUUGUGGUUUACUAUCCUCAUUCACUGUCCGAUGUGACUAUAAAGGGAAAAAAAAUCACUAUGUCACUUUUUAAAAAUAAACCUGUCCUAAGGAAUUUUAAUUUUACUUUCUUCAGAAUGACGUGAAUCAACUUACAAACCUGGAUUUUUAAUGGAUUAUAUGAGCACAAAAAUGACAGAACAGAGAUUUUAAAGUUCCUUGAUGGCACUCAUUUAUGAGAGAUGUGGGAACCAAGCAAAGAAAGGGAAUCUCUGUGGGUAUUAUAGAACACUUCAAUUUUGACACUUAUUUUUGUGCCUUUCCCAAGAAUAGUUAUCUACAUUAGGCAAAAUCCAUGGGUUUACUGAGAUGAUUUAACUUUUCUUCACUGUUGCAGUUAUGUUGUUAGAAAAACAACAACAGCAAAUCCAAUUCAUUGACCUAAAAACAAACUUUAACACUGAGCUUACAUUUUUCCUAAGGGAUAAAUUAUAUUUCUUAGAUCUAAAUCUAGCAAUUGGGAAAGCACUUUAUCUAGAGACUUUCUGCUGGAACUUCCAGACAAACAAAUAAGGGUCAGCACUGUCAUGAAAUACAUGUUAUAACCAUGAAGAAUUCUCCUUCCUCGAUCGACUCAUCAGGCAUCAUCCCUUGUGUGCUUUCUUACGAAUUUCAACCUCAGAUUCUAUGAAGAGUCUUUGUACAAUGAUUAAACCAUGCCAUAUGGUCCUUGGUGCAGACAGUUACUUAAGGAGUCUGCUUCCACAGAGGGCCACCCUCAUAAAGAAAGGUACAUUCCCAAAUAUGGGUACCGGAGGGCUUCAGUGGCCAAAUGCCUGUGACUGCCCCUUUUCAUUUAAGGACACGCAUUCACUGGAGUAUUAUUCAAAAGGCCUGUGGUUCAUAUCUGAUAUAGUGACUAUUUAGCUUAUGUUGCUGUUCAUUUGCUUCUCUGAACAUUGAGAUUUCUAGUGAAGAAAAAUGUACUCUCAUUUUAGUUUCUGCAGUGCGGUGCUCACAGAUAAUAGCGUCUGAAUAUGGUUCAGAAUGUAUCUGUAUGGUUCAUAUUAUCAGAAUGUAAUAAUUUCUACAUAGUAAGAGAUUGUGUAUAGCAUUUUCUUUAAUAUUUUUAUUUAGCAUAUAUUUUCCAUUGUUCCUCAAGGACAAUUUUUCUUAAUGAUGUCUACAGAUUGAUGCUCUCUAAUGUAAUAUACCAGAAAACAAAAAAAAAAAAAAAAGAAGAAGAGGAAGGAAGGGAGGAAGAAGGGAAAAGAGGAGGAAGAAAGAAAGAAAGAAAAAAAAAAGUUCACAAGAUAACCAAUUUGUUGUAAGUUGGUUUUUAACAAAUUUAGCAAUUGUUAUAUAGCCACGUAAGAUUUCAGGAGGACAUUAACUUAGUAACAAGGCUAUCUUUUUGCUUGUAUGUCAUCCUUAAUAUUUAACAUGAUAAGUAAGCAAAGUGUAUGGUUUUUAUCUAGAAUUUAUAUUGGGAAUAAAAAUUGCUUUAUAUCUCUCAAAUUAGGAAAAAGGGAGCAAAAAUCUUCUGGUGAAUUUAAUGAUCUGGCAGAAUUGUUGCCACCCCUCUCCCCAAGUUAUGAAACAAUCAAACUGAAUAUCUUAUAAAUAUUGUGCAACGUAUAAAAUGUGAAAUUAAGAUAAAAACUAGGAACUUUUAAAGUUCUGUUUAAUUUGAAAUGUUUAGUUGAUUAUGAAAUAAAAUUAAGCUGAUGUCAAUUUUGA